AUGGAUACAGAAGAUCACACCAUUGAGGCCCGAGCCGCAGCCACCACCGCCAACCCUUGGAAUGGCAAAACGCUCUUUGUCAAUCCUGUCUGGGCCAAUAAGUUGGAGCCCACAUACAAAUUGUUCAAGAACCGGACAGAUGAGGCAAACGCCGCCAAGGUCAGAGUCGCUCAGGGCACUGGCACGUUUGUCUGGAUCUCCAGCAAGGCGAAUCUUCCCGACAUCGACCAGGCCAUCUCAUCCGCCCGUGCCAAGGAGAAACUCACGGGAGUCCAACAGAUGGUAGGGUUGGUUCUCUACGAUAUUCCAGGCAGAGACUGGAGUGGGGGAAAGAGCUGGGGAGAAUUUCCAGCCACCGAGGCCGGCUUGACGGCUUAUAAGGAGACUUACAUCAAGCCUUUUGCAAAGAAGGUUGCUGCGGCCACGGACUUGGACUUUGCCAUCAUCCUGGAGCCAGACGCGAUGGGGAAUCUUGUGUCUCAAAGAAAAGAUCAAGAAUUCGUCAAACUAGUUGCCCCUUUGUAUGAAAGGGCGAUUGCCUAUUCAAUCAUGUCGCUGCAGUUCUCGCACAUCAGUCUGUAUAUAGACGCAGCGAACGGUGGUUGGCUAGGAUGGGACGAUACUCUUGGACCUACUGCCACCGAGUUGGCCAAAAUCUUCAAGAUUGCCAAGGACGCUUCAAAGGGUCGCGCAAUCCAGAUUAGGGGAUUCUCAACCAACGUGUCCAACUUCAACUUGUUCAACGCCAAGGGCCCGGAAUCAUAUACCGUGCCGUCGAAGUCGUGGGAUGAGUCCCACUACAUCUUGGCGCUUGUUCCGUAUCUCAAACAGGUGGGGCUACCGUUGCGAUUCAUUGUCGACCAGAGUCGCAAUUCUAUUCCAGGUAAAAGAAAGUCGUGGGCGGACUGGGGUAAUCUCAACCCUGCCUCGUUUGGGAUACGUCCUGGAACACCUGUGGGAAACCAAUACGUGGACAGCAUCGUCUGGGUGAAACCCCCGGGCGAGAGUGAUGGACAAAAUAUUACAGGGGGGUUCCCAGGAGCACCAAAGGCGGGAGUUUGGUUUCCCCAGUAUGUUGAGAUGCUGUUCAAUAAUACCAAGUUUUGA